CGUUUUCGAUGUUUACUUUCACGAUUGCUUUAGGGUUCGGAAAACCAACAAACUCAAUUGAUCAAUCCGAGGCCGUCUUCAUCAAUCAUGCUUUCCACGGUCAGGAUCGCCUGCAAGUCCCUGACUCGAACUCCCGGGAUCUUCCACAGCCUCUCGACCUCGGCUAGUCGGAAAAUGGAGCCCUACAAAUCCGCCAUUCACCCUGACAUCUACCUCUAUCCGGGUUCGUCCGUUCAAGAUCAGUUCAAAACCAUCGAUCCCUCAACACUCAUCGAAACGGAUGCCCAGUCGUUUUCGGGAUACAUCCCCAUGGAGGCCCUGACCGUUCGCUAUACGGACAGUCAGGGUCGCAUCACGGCUGAUCCGAUCCGUGAUUCUCGCGUGGACAUUCGAUUCCAUUUACAGAGCGCCCAGUGGUUGUCCGACGAGACCAAGGCCAACAUCCAAGCCAAAUGGGGUCGAGAGCUGACCAAGGAUGGCUUCCUGGUGGUCAAGUCCGACCGAACUCGAUCGGCCAUGAUGAACACGGCCGAUGGUUUGCGCAAGUUGCGCGAGGCCAUUUGGGCAUCGGAAGGCCAAACUCCACCCGCGAAUCCCGAGCUCGAGCUCGAGAUUCAACGAAAGAAACAGAUAGCCUUGGCUCGAAAGAAGGUCAAACAACCGAAGGUCUGACAUGGGAUGAAUAAAUUAGCAGAUAUCUAA